AUGGCGCAAACCAACCUGCCCAGCUACUAUGCGCGAGGCCACUCCGACUACACCAUCGCAACACAUCUUCGACGCAAGGCGGAGACAGAUGCCGCCUUUCUGCUGCCCUACAUCAAGUUGACGGACCACAUUCUCGAUGUAGGCUGCGGGCCGGGGACCAUAACGACAAGCCUGGCCAAGUAUGCCCCUCAAGGCACGACGAUUGGUGUCGACAUUUCGCCAGACGUGCUGCAAAAGGCAAAGACGCUGGCAGACGAAUCCGGCGUCCCCAGUCAAGGACCAGGAUCCGUCUCCUUCGAGGAGGGUAACGUCGUGGACGGGCUUCCCUAUCCCGACAACACGUUUGACGUCGUCUUCAGCUCUCAGGUCAUUGGCCAUCUCCCGCCGCCGGACAUGCCACUCCGGGCCCUGGCCGAGAUGCGGCGGGUCCUGAAGCCGGGCGGGAUCCUCGCCACCCGCGACGGCAUGGGUCACCACUUUUAUCCGCAGAGCCUGGACCUUGAUCGACUGUGGGGUGAGAACCAGCUCCGGGCGUCUCGCCGAGGGGCACCCGAGACGGAUCCUACCGCAACGAUGAUGCCAGCGCUGCUUCGUCGUGCCGGGUUCGACGCUGAUGGGGGAAAGGUCCGCGUUGGGGCUUCGGCCUCGGUGUUCUCGGAGCCGGAGGCUCGUCAACGGCUGGCAUGGCGCGCCGAUGGCCAGCUGCAAAAGGGAGAUCCUUUUUACCAGACUUGGGUGGAUGCUGGCAUUUCGGAGGAGGAGAUUCAGCAAACUCUAGACGCUAUCAGGAAGUGGGCCGAGACGGAGGACGCCUGGCUGGUGAUUCUCCAGUCCGAGAUGCUCGCAUGGAAGUAG